UGAUACCAAAGCAUAUCGAAAGAAAACAGGAGCAGGACAAACUUCACAGCUCAAACAUGAACAAGGUCGGUGCACAUUUAUUGCUGUUUGUUCAUUAUAUUGUAUAUUUUUGGAACAGUUAUGAUUUGCGGACAUCAGAAAUUAUUUUAUUCGUCUUCCAAAUAUGUUAUUUAAACGAUUUUUUUUAAACUUUAAAAUUUGUUUCUAAGUUAAAUUUCCCAUAUCUUUCAUUGUUUUGGGGGAGGUUGAUUUUUUGUGUUUAUUAUUUCUUUUUCCUUAUUUAAUGAUAUAAAUGUACCCCUUUUAUAUCGACAUAUGAACUAUAUUUCCUAAAUAAUUUCAAAUUAUAUGUUGGUUUUCUAAUGUGAUGUUGUUCUAUAUCCGCUAGUAUAUACGUGAGAGUAUGGGUGUGUGCUUGGGGUGUGUUUGAUAAGUACGAUUCUGUUUGUUUUUAAAGUUUGUUAAGUAUCUGUAACUGCUGAAGGUGUGCUUUAUAUAACUGGUAUGUAUUUUAGGUAGGGGCGCCCAAAUGUGUUUUUUAUAUUAUUUUAUUGAUGAAAAUAAUGGGUUUGAGAGUUGAAAAAAAGAAAUGGAGGCUCUUGAAAAUGAAUCUUGUCCCCGGGCGCUAAAACACUGUAGCUACGCCUCUGGGUUACCUCUGUUGCUUUUUCCUCGUCUGGUUAUGAUGAACCUAGAGCUCCGCCCCACAAGCUUUGUACGUCAUGUUAUUUAUACUUACAUUGACUCACUUCAUCUCACCAGCGAUCCGGCCACCAAAUAGUUACUAAUGAUUAUGUUCUGCCAUUUCAGAUCAUUUUCGCCAUCGCCAUCGUUCUAAUGCUCUGCGCCCAGCUCGCCGCCGCAGACAUCUGCACCCCGGCCCAGAAGAAAGCCUGCAGAGGGCAAGCCUGCGCAUGUAUACGGACCGAGAGACCCUCGAUCCCACCCGGCACUUCCUGUCAGGACGUCUGGAACAACAACUUCAUCUUAAAGUGCCGCCAGGCUUGGAUGACGUGCAUGCAGGACAACGGAUGCACCAAAGAAGUGUAACAGGCCAGCUUGGCUGCAGCUCAUUCCAUUCCUUCGUGCACUUGCUUGUCAGACGGUGUGGUCGAUGAGGGCACACGUUUAAUUGUUAGUCGUUUCAAAUUUUAGAAGUAAAACACAAAAAGUUACAUUGAAAGCUAUGCAAAUUGUUCUGUCUUGUCUUUUUCCAUUUAAUAAUAUUAAAACUUAAACUGAAAAUAACAGUCUUGGCUUGCUUUCUUUUAGACGAAAGGGAAC